CGAGCUGAUGCUCCGAGUUACUCUUAAAUGAACAGCCGCAUCUGUGACUCCACUGCCUUCAGUUUCUGUUCGCCGGGAUCUCUUCAGGAUGACACCUCUCCUCUGCAACGCCUGCCUCAUCCUGCCUGUUGCUUUACAUCUGCUGCUUGUCCCCAGUCCAUGUUCUGCUGCAGCCACAAAUAAGUGCAGCUCCAUCUAUAAAGGGUUUGCCCACUGUUUGCUGGCCCUGGGAGACAGUCUUUCUGUCAGUGCCCAAAAAGAUGAGGACACGCAGGAGAUCGACUCUAUCUGCAAAUCCUGGGAUGAUUUCCAUGACUGUGCGAAUGUGGCCAUGGCUGGCUGUCCUGAGGAAGCUGCAAAAGUGUGGGAUUCUCUGAGACAAGAAUCCAAAAAGAUGCAGUUUUCUGGAAACCUGUAUGAGAUGUGCUCUAGCCGUAGCCAAUCAGCAGCCGCCUCUGAUUCCCAAAGCCCCGAUGAGACCAAUCAGGAGUCGCUAAAGGGUGGCGCUAGUCAUAAAAGCCUGACCUUUCUGACCUUAUGUUUGCCUGCGCUAUUGCUGUUUUCAUGGAUAUAACCACAUCUCAGGACUCACAUAGACAAGCACAUAGACAACAGACUGGUUUUGUUCUGACAUUUUCAUAAAGAUCUCAUGUAUUAGGACUAAUUUGAUUUAUUUAUUUCUAGUAAUUAUUCAUUUUAUGCUUAAAAUUUGAUUUUUGGAACAAAAAGAUUGUCAUUUUCAUAAGAACACAUUUAUUUUCAGGGCAUUUUUCUUCUUCAGGGUUUCUUUCUGUUAAGUAUGAGAAAAAAAAAAUCUUUUUAAAAAGCGAAAGAUUCAAAUGUCAAAACAGAAAUGUCAUCCACAGGAGGACCAAAAUGCAGCAGAUGAGGACAAAUUGAAGUUGGCGAAAGACAUUUGCAAUCAUUUGAAAGCCUUCAUCUGAGAGGAAAUGAAAUGAAGGUAUAUUGCAAUACAUUAUCACAUUUUGUGAGCUAUGAGUAUCUAAGCAAUGCGAAGAGCCUUCAAAAAUGUUAUUAUUUCACUCUGUAGUGUAAUCUUCUUUUGUAGGAUCCUGAGAGGAUUAAGUUUAAGGAUUACAACAAAUAAAAGUAAAUCUGAGCAUCACGGCUCACCUACAGGCUUUGCCUGAGAACAGACUUGUCAGACUUUGUAGUCUGUAGUCUGAAUGCCUUUGGGUGACGGGUAGAGCCCAAUUUAUUAAUGAUGGGUUCCUUGUUUCAGUUUAACUAAUAGCACAGCAUUACGCUUCAAUGUGUUUUUGUACUAUAGUCUGUGUCAGUAUGGAACUGCUGUUCAUUUGAUGUUGGCCAGAAUACUGUGUAUAUAUUGUACAGUCUUACAUUCUACAUUCCUCAUAGCUAUUUUUAUUUUUUUUUCAGAGAUGUGUAUUUGAAUUGAUACAAGACAUGAUGUAUUAGCUUAAAAAGAGUCACUUGAUGAUGGUGAUAUAGUUAAUAAGACCGAUAAGCUGUAAAGAAGAGCUUAUUUGGAUGAGUAUAUUAUCUUGAAGUGCAUAAUGAACAGAUGAGGCAAAUCAGUGGAGGUGAACACAUUAACAUCAAUAAGAGUAAAUUGUAAAUGAUUAUCACCAUAAAUAUGAUAUAUACGAGGGCUUUUCACACUGGUGGUUAUCAUCAUUCACUGAUUUUAACCCUGGGUAAAGGUGGAUUACACUUUUAAUUUAGAAGUGGUUUUGUGGUAUGAAAAUCCCAUGAAAUCUAAAUGAAAUGGUUUGGCCUUUAUUUUGAAUGUAUUAGCCUUAUGGAUACCUAUGUUUUGGAGCUAUUAAACUCCAAAUCAGUGACAAAAGUUACAUUUAGAGAAGAAAAUUCAUUCAAAAUUGUAAUUUCAACAAGUAUCAUGACAUCCCUCAGCACUUUAGCUUCUCAUCAGUUUUUCUCUAGAGUCUGAAGAGCCCAGCCUACCAAAUUUAGGCUUCGGUUCAAUUGGUCACUUGCUCAAAAUCACUUGCUGCUCAAAAUGCGUUUCUGUUUUCCUGUUAAAGUGAAAUGACAUCUCUUCUGGGGACAUUAAAUCCUUCAUUUUGGUGCCAAACUUGUGCAGUGUGAAACAUUUCAGUGUAAUGUUGCAAUGCAUUGUCUCGUGCCUCAAUUUCACAUAAUUUGAAUAGGCAAGAAACAUUGUGCAGGGUAGAUAAACAGUAUAAUCAAUUUUAUAGUAUAUGGCUACUGCCACAUUCAAAAAAUUUGUGCAGCAAAACAAACAAAACUUGUAGCUCUACACUGUGCUUGUUGGUCACCAUCAUGAUGGAAAUUUCUUCAAAUGACUUGUCAUGCAAAUUUAGAAUUCGGUUUUCCAAUUUGGAGUAGCAUUUUUUUUAAGAGUCAGUGGGAAAAAUCCAACGCAACGCCUCACGGCAGUUCAUAACUUUUUGAUUUAUUAGCUAAUUCAAAUAAAUUUGUAUGAACCCUUUCUUAUUUUAGUACAAUUUGCUCCUCCCCAAUGACAGUUGGUUUAGGGAUGGAGUUUAGGUGCUCGCCUCCUUUAAAAUUUAGUAUUUUUUUUUAGAAAUGAAAUCGUAUGAACUCUCAGAAGCUAUUUUUCGGACAAUAUAGUUACGUUUUCUCAUGAGAUCAGGCUGGAAAAAUCUUACUUCCAAGAUGGACUGCAGCAAAAAAAUGUACAAUGCAUAACAUCCAGGAUUAAUUGGGUUAACAAUUAAUCCUGGAUGUUUUGCAUUGUACAUUUGUACAUCCAGGAUUAAUUGUUAACCCUGUCCGUGGGUUUCUUGAGAAGCAAGCCCAGCAGGUACAGGAUGUCAACAUGACAUCAGAUUGACAUUGUACACCAUUAUUGUGGAAUGUUGCAUUUUGGGUGGGAAUAAAAAUCAGGUUGACGCCAGAACCCAAUGUCAGAGCAAUGUCAGUGUCCAACGUUGGACAGACUUUGGAUUUUGGUCACUUUCCAACGCAACCUAAAACAACCAAAAUUUCAUUCAUUCAUUUUCUUUUUGGCUUAGUCCCUUUAUUAAUCUGGAGUCGCCACAGCGGAAUGAACCGCCAACUUAUUCAGCACAUGUUUUACGCAGCGGAUGCCCUUCCAGCUGCAACACAUCUUUGGGAAAACAACCAAACAUCAACGUCUAAUGAUGUUACAGCUUGACGUUGUGUGGACGUUACCACUAUGACAUCUAUCAGAUGUUGGAUUUUGGUUGCCAUACCUGACGAAUAAAUGUCUGUAUUUGAUGUCAGUAUGUCGUUGGUUUAAGAUGUUGGUUCGACGUCGGAUUUUGGUCACUUUACAAUAAAACCUAAACUCAACCAAAAAUCAACGUCAUUUGACAUCGUUAUUGGACAUCAAAAUAUCGUUGUUCCUGGACACUGGCUAGACAUUGAAUUUUGGUCACCCGACAUCACGACCUAAUACUAACGUAAUAUUAAUGUCAUAUGACAUUGGGUGCCUGCUGGGAGAUAACAUUUCCCUGGGGUUUGGAGCGACCUGGAGGUAGCCAUUUCAAGUGUGAAAAGCCCUAUCUGUGUUUUUUUCUGUAGCUACAUGACUUUGUGUGUAAAGAAGUGGCAGAGGUUUUUCCCCGGAUCAGCUUUCAUUAUCUCUACUCAACACUGCUCUCUGCUCCGCUCAGCGGAUUCCUCAGUCUGUGUGAUUUAUGUUUAAUUUUUAAGCUUAAUUGGCAAUCAAUCAUGUUUGCCAAUGCAGUGAACUUAUUAAGGAGGGCAAAAGCCAUUUAUUUAGUCUAAAAAAAACACUAUAAUGGGGGAGGAUUGCCACUUAUGUCUCAAAUGACUAUCAACACAUGCUUUUCUUUGCUUUAAAUCCAAUUCAGUUUUGUCAAAGCCAUUGAAUGUAGUACAAUCUAAAUGAAGAUAUGUCUAAAUAAUAUAGUAAGGGCUAAUAUGUACAGAUUUUAAGUGUACAUGACUCCUUGCUACACAGUACUUAUUAAUACCUCCCCUAUUUAUAAUUUGUGAUAAUAUACGGAGGCAGUUAUAAUUUGCUUGGUAGAUGUAUUUUAUGAAUUGCAUGUAAUUAAGUGUUUUCUCCCUUUAUUUUGAAAUUUGACGAUAUAUUAACAUUCAUUAACAUGGAAGAACAAUCGUCUUAAAAAUUAUCUUGAAGGCGUCCAUGAGAAAACUUGAAAUGCUUCUUGCUUUCUGUCUGUCUGCACAAUGAUUUGCUACA